AUGGCAAGUGCCUUGAUGGUCUUUAAGAAAGAACUAAGGCCUUUUCUUGAAGGUUUCAACAAUAGUACGGCAGUAGAACAGAACAAUUGUUAUGAAGAAAACAACAGAGAAGCUGACAGGGAAGCAUGUUUCCAGUACUUUGUUGAUCCUGGAACAAAGAGACGGCCGGUGUUGAUGACGUCGAGUGGGGUCCAUAUUGAUGAGCGGACUCAUCCAGCGAUGAUGGCUACGAUUUGUGAGACUGUGGAAGAAUCCAUAUUGAAACCAGAAUGCAAAGAAGACAGCGCCACCUGUAAUAAACUACCCAACGCUAUAUGCUACAGAAAACACAACAACUAUAAUAACGCUAUUAAAGUGAUUUUGAAUGUAUUGGGAAUAAUAGUUGCAAUAUUGGCCUCUUACAUGAUAAUUAAUACCGAUUCCAAAUUGUACAUAAUAUUCUGGCUCUGCUAUUCUGUUCUGAGGAGAAUGAUGUUAAAAUCCAAGAAACAACAAAAAUGUAAUUAGUUAAUUUUAUUGUGAAAUCUUAUACAUGUAACUUAUACACUAACCAAUAAGUAAUG